UAAAAAUUAGUCAUCGCGAACACUUGGUGCGCGUAUUUGUUUCGCAGACAUUGAGGAGAAACAAAAUGAAAAGGCGUCGCGGCUCGGUGCAGUUGCAGAGAUACAGAGACACCGAGAGAUAGAGCAUUAGUUCCGCUUCCUGAGACUCACGAGCUGGAGGGAAACCCAGCAAUAAAGUCGGAGAGAUCACUGUGUGGUGUGCGCUGCAGAGAGGACCGCUGCGCUUCUGGGCCAUUUUUAAUGUGAAAAGCGAAAGCAGAUCGGUGGUAUCUUUAACAGACCAUCCCGAGUACCGUACUGAUGAAGAAAUGGCAGCGGAGUCGACCCGGAGAUUUACCAAGAACCUGCUGAAGCCGGGGACAGCGGCUGAAAUCAGGCAGACCGCGUCACACGCUGUCAGACACUCCAAUGUCACGCAAGAGAAGCCUAAACUGGUCGACCCUCUGGAUUACGAGACUGUGAUCUCUGAGCUGGAACCUGAACAGAAGGAAGAGCCACUGAAGGACUUGCUAGUGUUUCCCGAAGAUGAUUUUUCAGUGUCCACAAUCUCAUGGGAAAGAAGGACUUUGCACUCGACUGUGCCUGAGGGAGCUGAAGUACAGGCCGAGAGUCUGCUGGUCAGAGAGGCCUGCAAGUACUUCAACUCCCAGUGGAACGUUGUAGAUUAUAAAUAUGAAGAGUAUGCUGGUGAUUAUCGGCAAUUACCCAGAAAACUGUACAGACCAGAAAAGCUUCCUUCACACUCCUUUGAAAUCGACCAUGAAGAUGUUGAUAAAGAUGAAGACACGACAUCCCUGUCAUCAUCAAAAGGUGGGGGUGGAGGUGGAGGAGGACUUGGAGUUUUCAGAUCUGGCUGGCUUUACAAAGGGAAUUUCAACAGCACUGUGAACAAUAGCAUCACUGUGAGGUCGUUCAAAAGGAGGUAUUUCCAGCUCACACAGCUGACAGAUAAUUCCUACAUCAUGAAUUUUUACAAAGAUGAGAAAAUAUCCAAGGAGCCAAAAGGAUGUAUUUUCCUUGAUUCUUGCACUGGAGUUGUACAGAAUCACAAGUUGAGGAAAUAUGCCUUUGAGCUGAAAAUGAACGAUGUGACAUACUUUGUCCUGGCAGCCGAGAGCGAGCAGGACAUGGAAGACUGGAUAAGCACCCUAAACAGAAUCCUGCAGAUCAGCCCAGAAGGGCCAACUCAGGAGAGAAAGAGUGUGGACCUCACAGACAUGAAACAGGAUUCAGUAGAUCUUCCAUCAAGUGAAACAAUUCUGACGAAUACAGAUGAGGUGUCAGAAAACAGUAUAAAUCCAGAGCUAGCAAAGUACAUCACUGAAACAGAGGAAACAGUCAAGAUGGCGCGCAGAGAGGACCGCAUGAACUUGUUUUCAUUGGAUCCAGACAUACCUGUGGUCAAGAGCCAGAAAUCUGAUUUUUCACCCCAUGAGCCCACUGUGAAGCCGUUUGAGGAGAAGGUUGGAAAACGACUGAUGAUAACAUGCCAUUCACUCAAUUUAACGCUCCAGGGGUGUGUGACCGAGAACGAGAAUGGACCAUUAACAAAUAUCGAACCAUUCUUUGUCAGCAUCGCCCUGUUCAACGCGAAGGACGGCCGCAAGGUGUCGGCAGAUUUCCACGUGGACCUGAAUCCCGACGUUGUGAGGCAGAUGCUCGUAGGCUCUUCUUCCGUGGUGGAGAACGGGAUGAGCUCCCCGGCGGAAAAGCGACCAAAGGAAUGUCAGCUCACUGGGAAUUUGGACAAAUGUCUGCAAUAUCCUAAGCAGGCUGUUUUCUCGGUCAUGAACCCCCACAUUGACACUGUGAUGGUGGCCAGAGUCGAAAAGGUGUUGAUGGGAAACAUUACUAGUGGAGCAGAGCCCUACAUCAAGAAUACAGACUCCAGCAAGACUGUCCAGAAAAUCUUAAAGUCCAACAAGCAGUUCUGUAGCAAGCUUGGCAAAUACCACAUGCCCUUUGCAUGGUCAAUAAGGCCAGUUUUCAAAGACAACGAUGGAACUGUAGAUCGGGAUUCGCGUUUCUCACCCUUGUUCAAGCAAGACAGCAGCAAAAUCUCGACCGAAGACCUGCUCAAAGUAAUAUCUGACUACAGAAGGGCAGAGAAGACCAGCAAACUGCAGACCAUUCCUGGAAGCCUGGAGAUCACAGUGGAUUGUGUCCCAAUGGAGCACCCAAACUGUGUUACGUCAUCCUAUGUACCUAUAAAACCUUUUGAAGAAGGUGAACAUCAAGCGACAGUAGAGGUUGAAGAAUUCGUGCAUGAGUCAGCCAAGUACUCUCAGCCAUACAGAGUGUACAAGAACCAGAUCUACAUCUACCCCAAACAUCUCAAGUACGACAGCCAGAAAACGUUCGCUAAGGCAAGAAACAUAGCAGUGUGCAUCGAAUUCCGAAGCUCGGAUGAGGACGGUGCCAAACCCCUGAAGUGCAUAUAUGGAAAACCAGGGGGGCCAGUUUUUACCACGGCAGCCUGCACGACAGUUCUCCAUCAUUCACAGAACCCUGAUUUCUAUGAUGAGGUUAAAAUCGAACUUCCAAUUCAGCUUCACGAGAAGCAUCACAUCCUCUUUUCUUUCUAUCAUGUAACUUGUGACAUCAAUGCCAAGACUAACGCCAAGAAGAAAGAAGCUCUGGAAACUGCAGUUGGUUUUGCCUGGCUCCCGUUACUGAAAGAAGGCAGACUCAUCUCUCAGGAGAAUCAUAUCCCUGUGGCCAGUGCCCUGCCUCCAGCCUACCUCCAUGUCAAGGACCCUGGAUCAGGAUCAGGAAAGCAAAAUGGGGCAGACAUAAAGUGGGUGGAUGGAGGCAAGCCGAUUUUUAAAGUGUCUACAUACGUUGUGUCAACGGUAUACACUCAGGAUCCACAUCUGAACCGAUUCUUUCAGCAGUGCCAAAAAAGAGAAACCGAACUUUUUCAACCUCCUGCCUUAAACUUCGUUAACAGCCUAAAGGGUCUGCUCAGCAUGGAGAAAAUACAUGUGAUCAUACGGUUCCUCCCAGUCCUCUUCAAUCAGCUGUUCAAAGUUCUGAUCCAGAACGAUGACGAAGAAGUCAUCACUGCCACCUCAAGGGUGCUGGUUCACAUUGUUGCCAAGUGUCAUGAGCAUCACCUAGACCACUAUCUUCACUCCUAUAUAAAGUUUGUUUUCAAGACAGAAUCCCACGGGGAGAAAACUGUGCAUGAAGAACUUGCAAAGGGAAUGAAUUUGGAUCUGAAAAGCAAUGACACAGACGUAGUGAAAAAUAUACUCAAGUACUCAUGGUUCUUUUUUGAGCUCAUCAUUAAGUCGAUGGCCCAGUAUCUCGUGGAUUCAGAUAAAGUAAAGCUGCCACGUCCAGAGAGAUUCCCAACAUCGUACCUCAACAUGUUAGAAACACUGGUAAUGACCACGUCUGAUCAUGUUUUCUGGAAAACCAAGACUAUCUCAGAAGAAACAAGGAGUGCUAACCUGGCAGUUGCAAUGUUUGUGAAGCGUUGUUUCACAUUCAUGGACAGAGGGUUCACAUUCAAACUGAUUAACAAUUACAUCAACAAUAUUACGUCAGGAGAUAACAAGACCCUGUGUGAGUUCAAGUUUGAGUUCCUCCGUGAAGUGUGUAACCAUGAGCACUACAUUCCUCUUAGCCUGCCCAUACCAUCUGCAAAGAUCACAGACAAAGAUUUGCCUUCAGAAUCCCAGAGCACACAGGAUGUGCCGGAGUACAGCCUAACCAAUGAGUACUGCAGAAAGCACUUCCUGACUGGCCUGCUGCUGCGUGAGGUUGGCUUUGCUCUCCAGGAGGACCAGGAUAUAAGGCACCUGGCUCUUGCUAUACUUAAGAACCUUAUGGCAAAGCACUCCCUAGAUGAGCGAUACACUGACAAGAACAAGCAAGCCAGAAUAGCCUCCCUUUAUCUCCCUCUGUAUGGCCUGAUUCUUGACAACAUGCCCCGCUUUUUCAUGAGAGAUCUGUUUCCAUUCAACAUCAACGCCAGUGAUCAAGGCUCCCGGGAUGACCUGAGUGUGGGAGGCGGACUACAGAGUCAGAUGGCCCUAGCUUUAAGACAUGCAAACUCAGUGGACACUUCCUUUUCCAAAGAGGUGCUGAACUCCAUCACGGCCUUCUCGUCGCUGGCGGUGUCGACUGCAAACAAUGCGGACUCGAGAGGUUCCCUGAUAAGUAUCGAGUCGAAUCCCAGCACGAGUGAUAAGAACAGUGAGAAAACGGACACCUGUGAGAAGAUUGCCCGACCCUUGUCGUUGAUUGGAUCGGCCCUUCGGUUCGAUAAGCUGGACCAGGCGGAGACGAGAAGUCUGCUCAUGUGUUUCCUGCACAUAAUGAAAACGAUCUCCGAGGAUGUGAUGGUCUCCUACUGGCACAGAGCUGUGCACCAGGAAAUUUCGGACUUCUUCAACAUUUUAGAGCUGUGUCUCCAGCACUUUAGAUUUCUGGGGAAGAGGCAUAUAGCUAGGAAGUUAGCUGCGGCAGUUAAACUCGCACAGGCCACCCAGAACAAUGGCACUCUCAAAGGGUCUAGCUCUUCUCAAGCCACUGGUCUUCUUUCACAAUGGAUGCACUCGAGUCAGGACGGCCACAGACACGCGCGCUCCCAGACCAUGCCCAUCAUACGAGGGAAGAAUCCGCUUUCAAACCCCAAACUGCUGCAAAUGAUGGAAAAUGCCAAUGCAAAUUCCAACAGCAACGUGGCUGAGACAGACUCCAUAAACCCUACAGAUAUAGAAGCAAAUGUUGCCACCGAAGUCUGCCUUACUGUCCUGGAUAUACUUGGACUUUUUACACAGCACCAUAAGAAACAACUGCAGCAGGAUGAUGGCCAGAAUUCCCUGAUGAGAAAGGUCUUCGAUACCUAUCUCCUGUUCUUCCAAAUCAAUCAGUCCACCGCUGCGCUUAAACAUGUGUUUGCAGCUUUGCGGUUCUUCAUCCACAAGUUUCCUUCAGCUUUCUUCCAAGGAAAAGCUGACCUCUGUGGGUCGUUGUGCUACGAGAUUCUGAAGUGCUGCAACCACAGGUCCAGUUCUACACAGACCGAGGCGUCUGCCCUGCUCUAUUUCUUCAUGAGGAAGAACUUUGAAUUCACCAAGGGGAAGUCCAUCGUGCGAUCUCAUUUGCAGCUGAUCAAAGCUGUUAGCCAGCUGAUAGCCGAUGCAGGAAUCGGAGGAUCACGUUUUCAGCAGUCUCUAUCCAUAAUAAAUAACUUUGCCAAUGGUGAUGCGCCCUUAAAAAACACCUCCUUCCCAGCUGAGGUCAAGGACUUGACCAAGAGGAUCAGGACAGUGCUGAUGGCCACGUCGCAGAUGAAGGAGCAUGAGAAAGACCCCGAGAUGCUUGUGGACCUCCAGUACAGCCUGGCCAACUCGUACGCCAGCACGCCCGAGCUGCGCCGGACCUGGCUGGAGAGCAUGGCGAAGAUCCACGUCAGGAACGGAGACCUCUCGGAGGCUGCCAUGUGUUACAUCCAUAUUGCUGCUCUCAUCGCAGAAUAUUUGAAAAGGAGAGGUUACUGGAAAACAGAAAAGGCUCGGAACUCAAGUGUGUUCGCAGAGGAUGCAAAUGUUAUUAACUAUAACCACUUACUAACAUCUCGAGAUGGAGAAUCUUCUUUUGCAAUGGGCUGGGCAGCGUUUCUCUGCAUUACCCCUAAUGUAAAAGAAGAAGGAGCCAUGAAGGAAGACACAGGAAUGCAAGACACUCCAUAUAUUGAGGACAGUCUCGUGGAGCAGCUGGAGCUAUGUGUCGACUACCUCUGGAAAUCGGAGAGACACGAGCUCAUCGCUGACGUCAGCAAGCCUGUGAUCGCUGUGUUUGAGAAGAGAAGGGACUUCAAAAGACUGUCAGAAUUGUACUAUGACAUCCAUCGAUCAUAUCUCAAGGUGACAGAAGUGGUGAACUCUGAGAAACGACUGUUCGGAAGAUACUACCGAGUUGCCUUUUAUGGUCAGGCAGUGGGAUUUUUUGAAGAAGAGGAGAGCAAAGAAUUCAUAUACAAAGAGCCCAAGCUGACAGGUCUUUCAGAAAUAUCCCAGAGGCUGCUAAAACUGUAUUCCGAUAAAUUUGGAGCAGACAAUGUAAAAAUGAUCCAGGAUUCAAACAAGGUCAACCCUAAGGAUUUGGAUCCAAAAUACGCCUAUAUCCAGGUCACAUACGUAACUCCAUAUUUUGAUGAGAAAGAGCUUCAAGAAAAGAAGACCGACUUUGAGAGACAUCACAACAUCAAACGCUUUGUGUUUGAGACUCCCUUUACACUGUCCGGGAAAAAGCAUGGGGACGUUGAAGAGCAGUGCAAAAGACGAACUAUCUUGACAACCAGCUCUACAUUUCCAUAUGUGAAGAAACGUAUCCAGGUUGUUGACCAGCAAAGCACAGAGCUCAACCCAAUUGAAGUGGCCAUUGAUGAAAUGUCACGGAAGGUGUCAGAGCUCAACCAGCUCUGCUUCAUGGAGGAGGUGGACAUGAUCAGGCUGCAGCUGAAACUUCAGGGCAGUGUUAGUGUCAAGGUCAAUGCUGGCCCGAUGGCGUACGCCCGAGCUUUCCUGGAGGAGAAGAAUGCAAAGAAGUAUCCCGACAACCAAGUGAAACUCCUGAAAGAGAUUUUCAGGCAGUUUGCAGAAGCAUGCGGGCAUGCUCUGGAGGUGAACGAACGCCUGAUUAAGGAGGACCAGCUGGAGUACCAGGAGGAGAUGAAGACCCACUACAAAGACAUGCUGAGUGAGCUCUCCAGUAUCAUGAAUGAGCAGCUGCAUUAUGGCACCAUCUCUUCCAGUUUCUGCUCAUCUCUUUCUAAUAUCUCACUCGCAACAGUUUCCAAAACUGAUUGUGUACAGGGAGGACACCUCAAGACAACAAGGAAUGGAGCGUCAUCACGUCUUUCGAGCAAUCAGUAAAACCGUGGCCUCGAGCCAGCAAGGAGCCACCGAAACAGCCAAAACCGACUGACUGCGAUGAAACCAAGAAUGGCUGUUGAACCUGUACAGUAUUCUUUUCAAAAUGAAGUUUUAAAAAAAAAAACUGUGACAUUUACAAACUGGAAAUAAGGGAAUAGACCACAAGGGAAAUCCAGAACUCGCUGAAGAUUGCUGUUACAGUAUGUGAAUGACGUCUGUAUACCAGACUGGUUGAUUUUUCAGGCCGCGCCCCUGUCGGUGUUCCCUCUGCCUGUCCCGGCCCCCUGAGGAUAGUGUUGUUGAGCCUUAACCAGGCUGUGUACUUCAUGUGAAUGUAUAGCAUCAGACUGAGCUAUCUUGUUUCUUAACACCCACAACUCCCAGUUACAGAUUUUAAAUGGAAAGUCAAUGUUUUAUAAUGGAUUUUUGAUUUUGUGUACUGUUUUAAAAUGUA